GAGCCGCCGCGCUCGCACCAGCUGUUUCCCGCCUUGGGCCGCGGGCAGAGGCCGCCGCCGCCGCAGCCGCCAGAGCCGCCGGGCCCAGCCCCCGCCGUCCCUGCCCGGCAUGGAGUACUUUAUGGUGCCGGCCCAGAAGGUGCCCUCGCUGCAGCACUUCAGGAAAUCCGAGAAGGAGGUCAUCGGCGGGCUCUGCAGCUUGGCCAAUAUCCCACUGACUCCGGAGACCCAGCGGGACCAGGAGCGGCGGAUACGCAGGGAGAUCGCCAACAGCAAUGAGCGGCGGCGGAUGCAGAGCAUCAAUGCUGGCUUCCAGUCCCUGAAAACCCUCAUCCCACACACAGACGGGGAGAAGCUCAGCAAGGCAGCCAUCCUCCAGCAGACGGCCGAGUACAUUUUCUCCCUGGAGCAGGAGAAGACUCGGCUACUGCAGCAGAACACCCAGCUCAAGCGGUUCAUCCAGGAGUUCAGCGGCUCCUCCCCAAAACGGCGACGGGCGGAGGACAAGGACGAGGGCAUCGGCUCACCGGACAUCUGGGAGGAUGAGAAGGCCGAGGACCUGCGGCGGGAGAUGAUCGAGCUCCGGCAGCAGCUGGACAAGGAGCGCUCGGUCCGCAUGAUGCUGGAGGAGCAGGUUCGUUCCUUGGAGGCCCACAUGUACCCCGAGAAGCUGAAGGUGAUCGCGCAGCAAGUGCAGCUCCAGCAGCAGCAGGAGCAGGUGAGGUUGCUGCACCAGGAGAAGCUCGAGCGCGAGCAGCAGAUCCGGACCCAGCUCCUGCCAUCACACGCUCCCCCAGCGCCCACCCACCACCCCACCGUGAUCGUUCCAGCUCCGCCUCCCUCCCAUCACGUCACCGUGGUCACCAUGGGCCCAGCCUCGGUCAUCAACACGGUCUCCACGUCCCGGCAAAACCUGGACACCAUCGUUCAGGCGAUCCAGCAUAUCGAAGGGACGCAGGAGAAGCAGCUGCAGGAAGAGGAGCAGAGACGUGCCGUCAUCGUGACGCCGGCGCGUGCCUGCCCUGAGCCCUCGGCCUCCGACACCGCCUCCGACACCGAGGGCAACGACAGUGACUCCAUGGACCAGAGCAAAGAGGAGCCCUCGGGGGACGGGGAGCUGCCCUGACCCCCGCCGGCCCACAGCCGGGGCGGGCAGCUGGGGCGGGGGGGGAAACGCCAGACAAUAUGCUGAAAUUUUUACAAAAUACAAGGCGAUUUGGGUCUCUUUUAUGACCUUCCUCCGAUACUGUAACGCUGGGAGCAGGCAGAGCUCAGCUCCCGUGGGGGGACGUGGCUGAGGGGAGCUGCGGGCGUGCCAGGGGGCAGGAGGGACACGGAGGGUCGCGGCUACCCACCCCAUUUUACACACACACCCCUCCCCACCGCCUCACAGGGAAUCUGCUGAGCCGCAGAGCCCCGGCGUCCCGCCGGCGUCCCCUUGGGAGACAGGGCCUUUGCUUGGGAUGUUAAUUAGCUUUUUCUUCUUCUUUUGUCUUGUUUUUUUUGAGGGGUUUUUUUGUUUUUUUUUUCUUUUAAGUGUCCGUUUUGAAGCAGGGGGCAGAUGCCAAGGGCCGUGGCACCAGAGGCGGGACAGGGACCCCCAGCGUGGCGUCCAGCAGCCCCGCUGCGGCUCCCAUGGCCCGCCUCAGGCAGGGAAAAGCCCCCUUGGAGAGAGCCAGGCUGCUGGGAUGCUGCCACUGGAGCAGGGGCAGGAGGGCAGCGUGUGCCACAGGCUGUACCAGUGCCCCCAUCCUGUGCCAGAGCCCUCGUCUCGGGCACAGGGCCAGCGCUGGGGGCUGCGCCCCAGCCCCCCGCCCCCCUCACAUCCUCCUUUAAGCACUUAACCCGGCCCGUGGGCUCUGUCGGCUCCCGAGAGCUGUUCUGUUUCGUGGUUGUGUCGCUUGGGCCCGCCGCAGCGGGCAGGGGUCCCCUCGGCAGGGGUCCCUCUGCGUGUCCCCCUGCCCCCGCCCGGCUGUAGGGCUUUAGGCCAGUCGUGUUAGAGCUAAGUGGUAUUUGGUAGGUUCCCCCUGGCCGCAGCUGUUUCUCGGUUCCUUGCCCUUCAUGGUUUUUUUGGUGUUUUUUUUCCUUUUGUAUUUUUUUUACGGUUUUCAGGUCUCUGUGUUGAUCGAGAAGCUAUUCUAUUUUGUUAAGAAAGUGGAGAAAAAAAAAAAAGAGGCUUGUGCCUUUGUAAAGAAACAAAAUAAAGUUUG